GGAAACCUCGUCUACACCACGCGCAGGGUCAGCUACGGGCGGCUUCUUGGUCCCAGCGAGCUUCCACCUCCCUCCCCCCCCUCGGCGCACCAAGAAAUCAUGACUUGAUGAAAUAUUGGCACUGUCGCCCGACGUCGUAUCAAGCAUGAAUUUCCUUCUUGCCGACCCCGAAGAAGCCGUCGAGUACAUCGAGCAGAUUACAAACACCAACACCAUCCGGUCUGGCCACGCAACAUGUCUCCGGUUUAACAGGACUGGCGAGUUCCUCGCCUCUGGUCGCGUUGAUGGCACGGUCGUUGUGUGGGACAUCGAGACCAUGGGGGUUGCGAGAAAGAUGCGGGGUCACAAUCGCAGCAUCACUUCCUUGAGCUGGUCGGGGUGUGGUCGAUACCUCUUAUCCGCUUGCCAGGGAUGGAAAGUCAUGUUAUGGGAUCUUCAGACCGGGAAGCGGCACCGCGAAGUCCGUUUCAGGGCGCCAGCGUAUAUUGCCGAGCUGCAUCCCUUUAAUCCGUACCUUUUCGUUGCGUCGCUUUUUGAAGAUCAACCUAUGCUCGUAGACGUGUCAGGGGAGAUUGGCGUCAAACAACCUCUUCCCACAAUACCGAAGCGGUCCAGCGCCGAGGCGGACGAUGCUCUGGCGGAAAAGCAUGCCAAGGAAGAUGCCAAGCAGAUGACCACUGUGACCAUCUUCACGGCAUCCGGAGACCACAUCAUAUCGGGCACGAAUAAAGGCUGGAUCAACAUCAUCGACGUGAAGAGCAGGGCCGUCAUACAUUCGGGAAAGCCGUGCAACGGGGUGAUCACCACGCUACGCUUGACCAGUUCCGGGCGCGAUCUCCUUGUCAACUCCCAGGACCGCAAGGUGAGGACUUUUUACGUCCCGAACCUAACGGCCCAGGAUCUCGACGUGGACACCCUCUACCUGAUCAAGGAGCACGAUUUCGAAGAUCAGGUGAAUCGGCUGUCCUGGAACCACGUCACGUUCACGGCGACGGGAGAAUAUGUCGCGGCAUCCACCUACAACAACCACGAGAUCUACGUUUGGGAGCGGCGCACGGGGAGUCUGACGAGGAUAUUGGACGGCCCGAAGGAGGAGCAGGGUGUGAUAGAGUGGCACCCUCAGCGCCAUUUCCUGGCCACCUGCGGGCUCGAGACGGGUAGGAUCUAUAUAUGGUCCAUCGUACCGGAGCAGAAAUGGGCGAGGCUCGCGCCAGACUUUGCGCAGGUCGAGGAGAACCAGGAAUACGUGGAGCGGGAGGACGAGUUCGAUAUCUACGGGCAGGAGGAGCUGACCAAGCGACGCCUGGACGCCGAGGACGAGGACGUCGACGUACUCACGAUGGAUAAUGCGAUUGACCGUGACGUGGUUGCGGCAGAGGGACGGUUUCGGAUGCCGAUCCUGUUCGAUCUUGCUGACAGUGACAGCGAGGAUGAAUUCGUGGCCGUGUCGACGGGGACGAUGCGGAGGAGGAGUCCGGGGGGGGACGGAGAUAUACCGGAUGCCACAGGGGCUGCUGAAAAGAAAGCAGCGUCAAAACGAAAGACAGCCAGGGGCAAGAAGAAAUCAUAAAAGGAUAGUCCCUAGAUGUAACAGAAUAAUACCACCAUCGCCGGUAGUCUGGGUUGUAUCGUGAUAUGACUGUGGUGUAAGGUGGCUCAGUUUGGGAUUCACGGAAAGAACAGCUUACUAAUAG